GGCAGGUAUAAAGGGGCCCCGCAGCCCCCACCCCGACCCACAGGCUCUUGCUUCAACAGUGCUUGAACGGAGCCUCUGCACCUCGAGACCAGCCUGCCACCCCCUGAGCCUCUGCGCACCAGCACCCACCAGCUCUGCACCCCAGAAAGCCAACCCAGCACCAUGAGCUCCCAGAUCCGCCAGAACUACGACCCCGAGUGCGAAGCGGCCCAACACCUGGUGAACCAGCUCUUGCGAGCCAGCUACAGCUACCAGUCCCUGGGCUACUUCUUCGCGGACGAUGUGGCGCUGGCCCAUUUCUCCGAGUUCUUCCGGCACCUGUCGGGCGAGAAGCGGGAACGCGAGCGGCUGCUGAGCUUCCAGAACCGCGGGGGGUCGCAUCUCCUGCAGGCCAUCCAGAAACCGGAGCAGGACGAGUGGGGGAACGGAGCGGCUGCCAUGGACUUCGCCCUGAAGCUGGAGAAAACUGUCAACCAGGCGCUGCUGGACCUGCACAAGGUGGCCACGAGCCACGCGGACCCCCACAUGUGCGAUUUCCUGGAGACCCAUUACCUGGACGAGGAGGUGAAGCUCCUCAAGAAACUGGGUGACCAUGUGACCAACCUGCGGCGUGUGGGGGCGCCCGAGGCAGGGCUGGGCGAGUAUCUCUUUGACCGCCUCACCCUGGGCCACAGCAGCUGAGCCCCAAGCUGCUCGUGGGGCCGGCCCCUUAAAUCCUGUUGCCCAGCUGGGCCGGAGCCCCCCCUGCCGAUCACAGGGUGACCUGUUUCCUCCAACGUCUGUAACUGACAUCGAAUAAAGGCUUGGCAUUGGCACUCCA